UAACGAAGCUGGCUACAUACUUAUGUAUACAUCACUCAUUUCUUUGACACAUACGAAAGAAAGAAAAAGGAUUCAAUCAUGUUUAAUGUCAAUUAUUAUACUUUGUCACUCCUAUUUAUUCAGUGAUAAAUUAAACUAUAUAAUAUCAAUUAUUCAAUAAUAACACUGGAAUAUAUUUUAGAAAGAUAUAACAGUCUAUAUGAAGAAAAUGCAAGAAUAACUGAAUUAUGGUAUAAAUAAAGAAAGAACACUCAUUCACCAUACAAGGAUUUUCUAUUAACUUUCUUGGAAAACAAGUAAUAUUUUAUUGAUAAAUAUGUCAUCAUCAGAACAAUCAAUGAUUGUACAAUCAAAAUUUGUCUCAGGAGAGACUGUAAUAAUUGCAAUGGAAGCAUCAUUGAUACAAGGUUGGGUUAAAGCUGCACGAAUUAUAGCACUUCUUAACAAAGGAACUACUCAUGCAUUGGUUAUUUUAAUUACUUCAAGAACACCUCCUCAAGUUUAUAGUGAUCUUACAAUAGAAAGAGUAUUGCCUAUUGAUCAAGACUUCAAAUGUAAUAUAAAUACUGAUGAAAAGCAACAAGAUGGUUUAGAUGUUUAUCUGAAUGUUACAUCAAGAAAAUUACAUUUAGUAUUUGAAAUGAAGCCUGGAGUAGCAACUAGCUCCUUGGUGUCUGAAGUAUUUAGAGCUAUAGAAAUAUAUCAAAAAACUAAGAAUUCAGCAUCAGAAUUUUUGUGGGUCCAAAAGUUAACAGGAAAUACACGUAACUUGAGUUCUAAUACCAAUGAAGAAAUACAAGAUAAUACUGAUCCAUUGGUGGAUUUAGAAAGUCCAGUUUUAGUUGUAACAAGACGCAGCAUUGCUUCUGGCAAAUCACCAGUAGCUGCCAGAGAGUCAGCAGUAAGAUAUCAAAUGGCAUGCAAAGAAGAUGAUUAUACAUACAGCAAAAUCUUUCGUAUAUUUAUUGGCACAUGGAAUGUAAAUGGCCAACCACCAAAUGGUAUUAAAUUGCAUGAAUGGUUGAGUUAUGAUAAAACACCUCCUGAUGUAUAUGCAAUUGGAUUUCAAGAAUUAGAUUUAACUAAAGAAGCAUUUCUUUUCAAUGAUACUCCAAGAGAAGAAGAAUGGAGACAAGUUGUAGCAAAAUCCCUUCAUCCAGAGGGUGUAUAUGAGCAAGUAGCUAUUGUGAGAUUAGUUGGUAUGAUGUUACUUAUAUAUGCUUUACAUAGUCACGUACCAUACAUAAAAGAUGUAUCAGUUGAUACAGUAGGUACUGGUAUCAUGGGCAAAAUGGGCAACAAAGGAGGAGUAGCAGUAAGCUGUUCUAUUCACAAUACAUCUAUUUGUUUUGUUAAUGCUCAUUUAGCAGCACAUUGUGAAGAAUACGAAAGACGAAACCAAGAUUAUGCAGAUAUAUGUGCGCGAUUAUCUUUCGCAAAAUAUGUUCCACCUAAAAGUUUUAAGGAUCAUGACCAGAUUUAUUGGUUAGGAGAUUUGAAUUAUCGAAUAACAGAAAUGGAUGUUCUAGUUGCUAAACAACAUAUAGAGGCAGAAAAUUAUGCCCCUCUGUUAGCUUUAGAUCAAUUAGGCCAACAACGACGAUUAGGCCGUGUUUUACAAGGAUUUCAAGAAGCAAAAAUUACAUUUAAACCAACAUAUAAAUAUGAUCCAGGCACUGAUAAUUGGGAUUCAAGUGAAAAAGGCAGAGCUCCAGCAUGGUGUGAUCGUAUACUAUGGAAAGGAGAAGCAAUUACGUCUAUAGAUUACAGAAGUCAUUCUGAAUUAAAAAUUUCGGAUCAUAAACCCGUUAGUGCAAUUUUUGAUUCUCAGAUCAGGAUCAUAGAUAUGACAAAGUAUCGUAAAAUUCAUGAAGAAGUUAUGAAAAAACUUGAUAAAUUAGAAAACGAAUUUUUACCGCAAGUGAUGGUUGAUACAACAGAAAUCAUAUUUGAUACUUUGAAAUUUCUUGAACCCAGUAGCAAAGAACUUAUUAUUGCUAAUACUGGCCAGGUACCAGUUCAAUUUGAAUUCAUAAAAAAAUUAGGCGACGCUAGUUAUUGUAAAGAUUGGUUGGAUAUAGAACCGUUUAAAGGUUUUAUAAAACCAGGAGAGAAAUGUGAUACUAGAUUUGAAAUAUAUGUUGACAAAAGAUCAGCAUGUAAAUUAAAUUCUGGAGAAGAUAAGUUAUAUGACAUUUUAAUUUUACAUCUAGAAGGAGGAAAGGAUAUAUUUAUAACUGUUACAGGUACUUAUGAAAGAAGCUGUUUCGGAUCUUCAAUGGAAGCUUUAGUUCACAUUCCAGUACCAAUUAGAGAAAUUCCUAUUGGUAGACUAAUGGAACUUGAAAAUAAUAAAAAUCUUUCUCAAGAACCAUAUGCUAUACCUAAAGAAAUAUGGCUAUUAGUAGAUAGAUUGUAUCGACAUGGGAUAAAAACGACGGGGCUUUUUGAAACACCCGGACUUCCUAGUGAAAUUAUAGCUAUAAGAGAUUGGUUAGACAAUUGGAGCCAAGAUCCAAUGCCUGGUAGCGUACAUUCGGUUGCAGAAGCAUUACUUUUACUUCUAGAAUCUACAACAGAACCUCUAAUCCCAUAUAAUUUGCAUAGUGUAUGCUUAUCCGCAGCAACAAAUUAUUUACAGUGCAAACAGAUUGUAAUGCAACUUCCAGAAAUAAGAAGAACAGUUUUUGUUUAUAUUUGUUACUUUUUACAAGAAUUAUUAAAUCAUACUCAAGAUAAUGAAUUGGAUGCUAAAACCCUUGCAACAAUAUUUGGAUCAAUUUUCUUAAGAGAUCCACCAAGAAGUAGAGGUGAUAGAAAUCAAAGAAGUCGUACUCAGAUCGUUCAAGCAACAAUUGACCGAAAAAAAGCUGCAUUUGUUUACCAUUUCUUAGUAAAUGAUCAAAGUGAUUUUAUUCUUGGUCGAUAGUAAUAUUUAAAACUUAAAAACAAGUAUUUAAAUGCACUUCAAAUUCAGCUGAAAAAGAAAUAAAACAUUUUGUUUAGGAGAAAAUAAUUAUAUAAGUAGCAGUAUGUUAAAUAAAUAUUUUGUCACAUUAAUAUUUCUAUACUAGUACUUAACAGUUAUGCGAACAAAAUUUUUACAUGAAACAAUGCACGUAAAUAACUUGCCAGUCCAAGAACAUCUUGAAUACAUUUUGUGUGCUUACAUAAAAUACUCCUAAUUAAGUAAUAAGUAAAAAAUUUAUAUUAUAAUUCCAUCUAGUCUUUGUAGCCUAAAAUGGUUAAAUAUGUAUUAUAUAGAUUUAUUUAUAGUAAGAAAUUGUAUUUGCUUAAGUUUAUAUUAGCUUGUAAUUAUUAUUAAGUAUUUACAACUACGACAUUCUAAAUAUAUAGAUGUUAACUGAAAAA